UAAGCCCUAGUCGGUUUGAGAGCAGGUGAACGCUGGACUCUCGCCACCAAGCAACAAAUGCCUUGACAAGCCGUUAAAUAAGGGAGAAAGUAUCUGUUUAUACUGGCAGAAAAGCCGGUAAACAAACGUUCAUUGGAAAUGGAAGAAAAUCAACUUCUUCAUCGAAAUGCGUCUGUUUCAAAGUAACCGACUCACCUUGAACUACCGAGACUAUAGAAAUAUCAAGCUCUCCAGCAAAGAUGGCUGAUGACCGUGUAGCCAUCUUAACCGAUGAUGAAGAGGAGCUGAAGAGGAGACACCUCGAGCGUUUUGACCGCCUGUCGCUUGAGAUUCAGUCAGAUCAACCUUCACAGUCACCUCUGGACAAUGUACCUGUUGAUACAUCCCCAACUCCAUCCCCUCAACAUGACAUGAGCUGCAGUGAACGAUUGUUCCUACGGGUCAACCCCUACCUUCUAGUGUCAAAAGUGUUUUAUUUGUUCUUCUAUGCUGCAUAUGGUUCCCUCCAUCCCCUUCUUGCUUUGUAUUACAAGCAGCUGGGGAUGAAUCCCACCCAAAGUGGUCUCCUAGUUGGAAUCCGGUAUUUCAUUGAGUUCUGUAGCGCCCCUUUUUGGGGCAUCGUUGCAGAUCGUUUCAGGAAAGGUAAAGCAGUCUUAUUGUUCUCAAUGUUAUGCUGGCUCCUCUUCAAUUCUGGGAUUGGACUUGUGCAACCAGCAGACAUGACGUGUGAAGAAGAGAACCUCCCGACGACCACAGCCAUGGUACCGACUGUCCAUAGUACCACAUCUAACGAGACAUUCUACCUCAACGCCAGUUCUAUUCCGACACCAAACCAGAUGAGACGCCGCAGGGAUCUGAUUGGACACUACCCUUUGCGAACCAUCCUUUCCUACAUUCAGUCUGCAGGCUACAGCUCUAAACACAGAUUCAAACGGGACUCCAAUUUAAGUUUCACUGUUGCACCUGAAGAAUUUGAUAACAUGACACAAUUUGACCAAAACACCACAGGGCAUGGGCUAAGCACAUCUAUCUCAGCAUCCACCACCAAUUUCACAUCCGGCAGCACUACUCCGAGUACUACGACCAAAUCCAACCAAACACCUGAAUAUAACAUGGACCAGGUUCACGCCAUUUUCCUGCUGAUUCUGCUCAUCAUCAUCAUUGGCGAGUUUUUCAGUGCUCCAGCCAUUACUAUCGUGGAUACGAUGACACUGCAGUACCUGGGUGCACAUCGUGACCGCUACGGUCUCCAGCGAAUGUGGGGAUCUCUAGGAUGGGGUAUCGCUAUGCUCUGCGUAGGCAUCUGGAUCGACCACACUAGCACUGACCUUGUCAUCGGCAGCAUGGAAUGCUUACAGGAAAAUUACAAAAACUACAAUAUUGCCUUCAUCGUGUUCGGCGUAUUAAUGGGAUUUGCUUUGAUUGUUGCUACACAGUUUAAGUUUGAUGUUCAGCACCAAGACAGGAGCGAAGGCAACCAGCAGCAAAACGCCCAACACGGAGGUUCCUCUGGAACGGAGAACUCCGAGAUCCCAACAAUCGUCCAAGUUGAGGAGUUCCACUUCUGGGACUUGAUGCGACUGCUGUGCGGUGUACAGUAUGGCACCGUGUUGUUUGUGGCCUGGUUCAUGGGCUUUGGCUAUGGCUUUGUUUUCACUUUCCUUUACUGGCAUUUACAGGACCUGACAGGAACCACAACUCUGUUUGGUGUUUGUUCCGUCCUGAGUCACGUGUCGGAGCUUGCAGCCUAUUUCACUAGCCAUAAAUUCAUCGAACUGGUAGGACACAUCAGAGUUUUGUACAUCGGCCUGGCCUGCAACACAGCACGCUACCUCUACAUCUCAUAUCUGAAGAAUGCCUGGACUGUGCUGCCAAUGGAAGUACUGCAAGGUAUAACACAUGCGUCCGUAUGGGCGGCGUGUAUCUCAUAUUUGAGUGCAGCUGUACCUCCACCUCUUCGGACCUCCGCUCAAGGCAUCCUGCAGGGUCUCCACCUCGGGCUGGGCAGGGGCUGUGGGGCGAUGGUCGGUGGUGUAUGUGUCAACUACUUUGGUGUUGGCGAAACUUUCAGGGGAAUAGGAAUGACAUCGCUCGUUAUUUUGCUGAUCUUUUCAUUAAUUAUGUGCAUCACUGGCCAGAAUGAGAAAAAAGAGGACAAGAUGCUAGCAGAGAACAUUCCUAUCCCGUUCAGUCCUGUUCCCAUAGCCACCAUUGACCUGGUUCAGAACACAACAGACGCGGCCGCACCUGCUCGAGCCCAACCCAAACUUCCGGCUCGGAAAACACGGCACCAAGAGGAGCAGGAGGAUCUGCACAAGCCCGCUUGGGUUCCCUCUGGUUCGCCGUGGGUUACAGUCGUUCUACUGUUUUACCAAAUCAGAGACAUGGUCGUCGUUGCAAAGACCCCUGUUGAGUUCCAGCCCAUUCAGGACACAGAUGAGAUUCCCCCAGAAUCUCGAGAAGACCCAUCACCUCCCAUUGUCGGCAAUAGCGUGUGACAGGAUAGCGCUCUCAGUGGGCUCCAGUCCCAGGAGGACCCCGGGCCCCCAAGGGCCCCCUCACAGCUGCAAUUCCCAACACAGGACACGCAGCUUGUAUAACAAGCAAACAGCUGAUGGCACAAACUGACACUGACUCUGUAACCCGUGGGUAUUUUCUCUUCACAUAGUGAUUAUGUUUUCAUUGUGAAGAGUUUUAACGAACUUUGUGUGAAAAUACAAGAAGAAAGUAUGUUUCGGUAUAAAUGGCCUUUGUAUGAUUUUUAACUUAUUUACACAUCCAUUAAAUAAAGCCUAGCAGGGUUUUAAACUGUAA